AUGAAAGCCGCCAAGAAGCUGGACGAUAUUGCUAAGUACCAGAAGAUUGAAACAAGUGAAAGAAACCGGGGCGGGGGCUGCCGCAUCAUGUUCCCCAAAGUUAAUCCUUGGGAUUGCGGGAAGGAAUUGGAAAAGAGAGAAAGAAAGAAAGAAAAAGUUACCUUCGCGCUAUCAGGAUCAGAAUCCCCCAUCUGGCUCCUGGCCUUUUGCUGCCCCUGGGCCACCGAAACGCAAAGCCACCUUAUACGGGUCACUGGACUCUCUAGCACUCUGACCAGCAGCGUCCUCAGCCCCCUGAUCCCCCUCUCAAAGACGGCAUUAUUACACUACCUCUGCAUUGCAGCAGGGGUCCCAAGCGUGGCGCCCACAGGCCCUCAGAGCAACACAGAAGUUCCCAACAUGGUGCCCAACAAGGGUUUUCAGAAAGCGGGGGAGCCAGAUGACCACCAGCUGAAAAAGACGGGGGACUUCUGGGCCUACAGUUGCACGGAGUUGAAGAUAAAAUCGGUGCCCUUGGUGCGGGGACUUGUGGUGGGGCCAGAGCAGAAGGGUAUCGGCAGAUCUUCUCUUUCAGAUGUCGAAGUGCCUCUCUACCGGAAGCUCCCCAACGUUCCUGGACUGGCAGGGGCCUGCUUAAUUUCUCCCACGGCCGCUACCACCGCCGCCACCUCCUUAUACCCAACCAACAGCCAUAAUCUCCCCAAUCUCCUCUCUCUCUCUUUCUUUUCGUGGUUGGCCAGUGACAUCGCGAUCACCUUUCUCAGCCAAGACCAGCUGGACCAGCUGGAAGUGGCUUUUGUGAAAAACCAUUACCCAGAUAUCUACUGCCGGGAGGAGCUGGCCAGGACCACCCAACUCAACGAGGCUCGCAUCCAGGUUUGGUUCCAGAACCGGCGGGCAAAGCAAAGAAAGCAGGAACGGGCCCUGCUGAAACCAGGCACUUCUGGCAUCUUGCCCGUCUGUCCGAUGUCCAUGCCACUUCCGCGACAGUAUCAGUACCCUCCUGCUCUGGCGCCACAUCACCCCCUGCCCCGCUUCCCUGCCACCUACACUCUGCCUCCCCCACUGCCCUCGACAGCCUCGACGCAGUUUCCCUGCCCUGCCUCUCACCUUCCACAAGCCUCUCGUGCUCAGAAUGGCUGGUACAGCCCUUUGCGUACCAUGGGCUCCACCACAGCUCCUCCACCGGCUUCUGUGAUCUCGCUGAGUCUUGACCCCAGCACCCACUGGAACUGA